AUGAAGAAUUGGAAUUAUCUAUGUAUUCUUCUGCUAUUAACACUUGCUUCUAGAGGUGAGACUUUCUCCAGUUCUGUUUUAGUCGGUUUGAAUCUUACGUUUGUUUAGCUGUUAAAUACUUCUGGUACCAAACAAAAUGGAUCGAUGGCGAUCUUGCCUAAAAUGUCUCAGUUAUCCAUAACAUCAAAACAAAGAAUUUCCGCAAAGUCUUCCCUUCUCUUCUGUAUUUUGUAUUCAUAUCGUCGUUGCAUUACAAACAUAGAGCAUUUUUCCUCAUUUGACUUAAUGUCAGGGACUCUCAGUUUAAAACAGGUGUCCUAUUCGGAGUGGGCAAACAACAUAUUUAUGGUGUCAUAGGUUUUUCUUUCUUUCUUCUCCCUUGUGAGUUCAUGCUGUAGCUAUCUAUCUUCCGUAAGUUACGCAGCCCCUUUUUCUAUAACAAAACUAUGCCUUACAGGAAUCUACUUUCAAAUCUUGGAGCAUUCCUUUAGGAAGUUAACACACAUGACUAGUCUUGAUUACCAAUGGUUAUCACUUGUUGCACGUCGUUUAAAAGUUUCGAUAAAAGGUUUUUAGUUGGCCCGCACCUAAAGUCAAUAGAAUUGGAAACUUUUCAUUUUGAAAUAAGUCUUGUGGGUAUCAAGGAUAAAUAGCAUUACACAUAAACUCUGACGAGCACUUCAUGCUUUGUCAAAUGAAUGUAUUAGGGAUUUUUUUUUAAUAUAAGCUCAAGUUGUGUCGUUUGAGGUCACGCAUAUAUAGUCACAUUCUCACUGCAUGUUUGACAAAUUCUCGUCAACUAACCUGAUGAUUUCCGACGAGAGAAAAUCACGAUUGUCAUAAAUUUAAGAUAAAUUAUGAUAAAUGUAUUCCUAAUUAAAUGAAGUCGGAAUUUACUGAGCUGAACUACUCGGCUGACACAUUGACAAAAAGAGCGAAAAGAAACUAUAAGAGUUUGUGAGAUAGAGAAAUCUUUAUUUAUUUUUGAGAGUAAUCUGAGAAUAUUCUAAUUUAAUCCGCUCUCAAAUGGGUUCAAGAAACUUGACGCGUGCCACUUUCUCAACCAAUGGGGGAAAUUAAUCGUGAUUUUAACGUUCAUAUUUCAUCGUUCAAAAACUGAUCUUAUCUCGGCAUUUGUAUAAAAAAGUCCACACUUAAUUCACCUGCACAGGGAUACAGUGUUAAAGUAUUCAUUAAAGGCUUUAAAUAUUACGCAUGGAUUACCAUUUUAUUUGGUCGAUCAUGAGGGAACUUUAAUCAGCAUGCUACUUUCAAAUGUAAGAAGAUUUCAUUUGUGGGUUAAAAACGUAGUUUUCGGCAUCGGCAAAUGGCAAGAACGAAUUAUAAAUAAUAACUCAAUUUUCCUGCUAAAGUUAGUAUCUGAAGUUUUGCUGUUUCUCGUGUGUAAGAGGCAUGCCUAUUGAAAGAUAAUCACAAAUACCUAUACGCCAAAAACCAUGUAAGACGGAACCAAUAUUUUUGUACACUUAAACCCAGCUAAGAUCUAUAGUUGGUAACACUGUUCAGGAAAGGGGAGUACUAUCGGCUAAAUCACCGUUCCAGAUGUGAUUCAUGCACGCCCUGGAGACCCUCAAUCUCCGGUACCGGAUACCCCACUCUCACCAGCUUCACCAGAGACACCGGAGACCCCGGUCACAAAGGAGACACCAGAGACACCCCGGACACCGGAAAGCCCUGUAACGCCUCUGACACCAGAGACGCCAAGUACCCCGGUAUCACCACGAACGCCGAACACUCCAAGAACUCCUGAGACGCCGCUAACACCAGAAACUCCUAAAACGCCUGAGUUUCCAUUCGUGUUAGGGUCAGAUGGCUUUAUCUAUCGCGCUGUACCAUACCUUUUGGUUUUCCCGCAUGAGAUGCCCCGCAUGCCAUCUCCUGGUGAUUUACCAGACGUUCCCCCCGUUCAGGAUCAGUAUGAUAUUCCUGAGGCUCCAAAGCCUCCUAAACCCCCGGAACCUCCCAAGGCCCCAGUAAAAAAGAGAAAUUAUUUGAUAAGAGGUAACUACAUGAUGUUGAUAGGGAAGAGUCCUAGGGUGCAGGGAAUCAAAUACAAAGAAUGUUUUCGUCGUACUCGAAUUUUGGUUAAAUCUUUGACCACAGUUGCAAGCGGGUCACAACAGUUCUCUUUACCCAUCGAAGUGAAAUUUAGAACAUAACAGACUGAACAGCGGUAAUUCGAAAUUCGUUCGAAGCCAUGUUGUUACAGAAUGCUGAUUAGGGUAGCUUUAAAUUGAAUGUCGAAAGCAACACGUGAUUACAUUGGAUUUUCUUUCUGUAGUUGGUCGAGAAAACUCACACCAAGCUUAGCUCUUAAUGGUAUUUUCCAUUCUCCUGAUUAGCCGUCGUGAUUGUAACAAACUUGGCUUUUAAUAUCAAGAUGGAUUUAUUCCAAAACAAUUUGGCGGGCCCUCAAGCACAUGGCCCCCAACAUGCAACGGGACACUAGAACAGAACCGGAAGUGACUAAUACUACAGUGAUUACUUUGGUUUUUCUUUCACGAUGCCCAUCGAAAAAAGCUCUGAUGUUAAUCAGAUUUCAAGGCGAUAGAGAUGCAAACAAUGCCUUCCUGUUUUAGUGUGAAUCUUUCCGAGAUAAAAGCACAGAAACUCAUCUAUUGAAUUUUGGGUAGGUAAGGUGUAGUUUUGAUGAGAUUCUGAUUUGGAACGAACAAAGCUCUUACAUUAACAUCGCAAUAUACCUAGAUAGAUGUCUAUAAGUUACCUGGGGCACGUUAAUUUUAAGCAUUAUUACAGCUUCUUUUGAAACAUUGAAGAAUAUUAUUUCAGUUUAAGAAAAAACAACAACCAAAACAAAUACUUAUUUUAAGGUUGUAAAUAAUUUUAAAAUAACACUUACGAGCAAUCGGCGCAAUAACACAAGUGAUUAUUCAUCAGAGCAAGGUCAGAGUCAUCGGUUCAAUUGUGCAUCUUGUAAAACUUUGACUUAAGUCUUCAGACUAUCCUCAGCUAUUCCUUUUCUUUUGAAUGAUUUUAAUCGCUACGGCUGUUUUGAAGUCCAGAAAACAAAACGGUCGAGAAUUUUACCCCUUUCUUUAACAUCCAUCACACUACGACCACAGCAUCCGGGUGCAGUGUUUGUAUCAAGUGGGGGGCGGAUAUCUAAACAAUGCCUAACCUGAGCUGUCGCAGAUUUAAUCUGCCAGAUGACCUCGAGAUUUCUCAACAAUCGACUUGUUUAAAGCAAAAGACGUUUUCUAAAGUCGGUUGUUAGUCUUAUUAAAAAGCAAUCUAGAUAAGGUCUUUGGCUAUAUUAAAGUUGAUUUUGAACACGGUUUUUCUAAAGAACGGCUAAGUUUUGUUAUAACAACCGACUCAUAAUAUCUUGACUUAGCUGGUUAACCAUUCCUUCGUUAUCCCUUAUUUCACCAACUUUUUUUUAAAAAAUUGCCAGCUUGGGAGUAUUUCGUCUUUUACAACACUGUUACUUCUGGCAGGUUAUCUCACGGUUGCGGAUCCAAAAACACAAUUGCGAAGACCAUUUUCACUCAUGUUCCCCAAACAUUCGCGAUAAACAGUACCGUUCCCGACCACACGACCGUACAAUCUAGAGCUCAGAGUAAUUCUGAUGCUGUCAGUCCGAGGUCCAGUCCUAAUGCAUAUUUCGCAAGGAAACGAUACCGUGUAAUCAAAUUACCGGUUAUUGCCUAGAUCAAAAUCCGUGGUGAAACUAUCAUUCUAUUCCUACAAAUCACAGUAACAUAUAACUCACAAUCUUUCUCUCUCCGAAUAGGUUUUGCCAGGCCGAAACAUACAAGUAAGUAUCAGCUUCUCUUUAACCUCGAACAUGCACUGAGCACUUAAUGUAUAAAGAAGUUGAUGUCAAGGCGUGGUAUAUCACUAUGAGUUCAUGACAACUUGUAUUUUCUCAAAAAAAGAUUACAGAAGAAAGAUUACAGAAGAUCUAAUUGUCUAAAAACUGUUCAUUUAAAGCGUUCUCCUGUAUCGUGAAGAUAGUACAAGUUUUGGCAAAUCUCUUUAUAACUUAGGAUUGACCACGAAGACGGCCGUACAAUAAAAUAAGUCUAGUUUUUUUUACAUAGGUCAACAAGCAACUUUUUCGAAGUUUCUGUUGUUAGUGAAAAAGAAAGAGACCGAGAGAUAAAGAAAAUGAGGGAUGGCCGUCGUAAAAAAAUAUUGCCUGAGUUUUUUUCGGUGACAUUUCUUUUCCACUUUCGCUGCAUGAUCAAACCAGUUUCGAUUUAAUAAAAAAACAGGAUUUUAUUCGUAUCUGUUUUAUUUCCCAUUACUUGGUCUCCGUGAAGAAAAAGGACAUGUAACGCACCAAGAAAGCAAAAAACAGGGAGGUAAGUCCUCUCGCAAAAUAAGGCACGACGCACAUUACUGGCAGAACAAGAAAGCGUCUUCUAACCAUAAGUUUAUCCCAAGAAAUCUGGAAGUUUGUUCUCUGAAUCUGGAAAAUCGGAAAGUUUAAAAGACAGUAGUUAAACUCAAACUUCAGAAACGAACUCCGGAUCAUGGAACUGCAGAGAAACGACUUCCAGCCGUUUGGGAUAAAUAAGGAUCGUAUUUUGUGGAUGUGCAUGAGAAACAUGUUCAUGCAUGUAACACCACCAGGAUAUUGUGCUGCGUUAUGUCAUUUCAAACACGACUCAAUUACAGAAAAAAAAGCUAUCAUAUCAAUGGCUGUAUUGGCAUGCUGCUAACUUUGAGCCACGUUGCACGCUGAAAUACAAAAUCUGUAAACAUAUCCAUUCUCAUGCUCCUCUGUAAACAAUCCAUUUUUGUAGCCAGAACAAUUCGGUCUGCACUAUAGAACGAACCGCACGUUUACAAUAAACAUAUUAGUCAUUUGUCGACAACAGAGUGAAUUUUCGUUCGCCGAAUUAAUUGGUAAUCGUGUUUGCGGUGAAGGGCGUUGCCAAUCCUUGGUGCAUGAUACUUUCAACUCAGUAAUACCAAGUUCUUUUCUUGCGGUUGACCAAUAUAAACAGGGCACCAUCGCCAUGGGAAUAUCAUACGAGGUAUGUCAGGAACAGAGAACUCAAGAAAAAAAUCUGACGAUUUCCAACAAGGUUAAAAAUUAGUUUUGUUUACUGCAUGCCUCAGUAGAAUUGCAGACCGACAUCAUUUCAGAGGUCAGUUAAAUUAGCAUAAUCAUCAUCACGGUGGCUUGACGCAAAUAUCAAACCCAGUCAAUAAACUGAAAAAUUUCCAAUUUGCCCUUCUAACCUAAAAUGUCUUUGGUAAUAAUGGCAAAUAAAAUUGAAUCAAAACAUGCAAAAGCGACCUUCAUUUAUAUUUGUCAACAACAAGGAAAGGUAUUAGAAGCUACUAAUCUUGUAGAGUGAAGGCAGGCUUAAUUUAGUUGUUUCUAGUCGAUGCUCCUAGUCAAUUUAGCCUUCCUCCCAACAAAUGCUACAUAUUCCCACUGCUUGAGUCAUUGUCAUUGUGUAUUUUGGAUUCGUUGUAAUUUUGUUGUUGGUCAAUCAACUGUGAUUAUUUCUUGAUACCAGUCAUAUUAUUGCCUCUGGUUCGUUGGCUUUUGUGUCUUGAUUUGUGCACUCCCGUUGUUAAUUGCAUGAUCGUCGAGUCCUUAAGCCUCCUCUAAAGAAGUCGUCAACUUCGAGAAGACGUUUUCGUUUAAUUUUUUUUCUCAGAAAAUUAAUCUUAACAGCUAGGAUUUGAUGGCUAAGUCCUGCCGAUUUGAAAGUUCUUUAUUAACGACAAGCCAUACAUUGCAGUCAUUGAUCCAUAUAUAGGUUAUUUAGUCUGUUUGGACAUCAUGAAAAAUGUUUUAUGACGUCAUCUCGAUUCUGCUUUAGUUCCAGGCCUGAUGGAUUCUGGGGGAAACAUCGGAGGAGGUGGUAAGCGAAAUUCUUUCUCUGUCUCUGCAUUAAAAAAAAACUGACGAACAGAGGGUAAUCUGCCUCUUUAAAGGAAACAAGGAAGAAAGAGUCUGUGGCCCAUAUCUUUGAAUGGAACCAUUAACAUACAUGUAUCGGGCAGACGUUCUGACACUCAGCCACAAGAAGCUUACGCUAGGCAAGGUCGCAAGCUACAAUCGGUAACAAAAUUGCUGACAUUGACCUUUUCAACUCCCUCUUACUUCAAUUUGAUCUCUUUUACCCAUGUUCAGUUUAUCUAUUCGCCCCCUCCCCACCCCCCCAAAAAAAGCCGUUAUAUUGUGAUAUCAUUAACUUUUAGCAACAUACAGGCAAAAUUGAAUGGGGGAGGAGGGUCUUGUCAGUGAUUAUGAGUGUGGUAGACACAGGAGUGUUAUUUUACACAUAAAUAGAAUUUUUCAAACAUGAUGUGUCAACUAAUUUUGACGCUGAUUGAGGGUUCAUAUGUCAGUUAACGUUCGAAUGAGUUACCUUUUGCAGGCAGAUGUCGACGGGGACCGGCGGUGGGCGGCAUGCUUACUAAUAUCAUGUGGGGUCAAAUAAUUUACAAAAGAUAACUGCCAAUCUAGUUACAUACAAAACAGCAAUCGCCAAUGCUUCCGUCUAUUUCCAUCAGGAAUGAACUCCAUGGGCGGAGGUAUGGGAGGUAUGGGUGACCUCAGUAUGGGAUUUGGCGCUGGAGCCACGUCCAUCGGCGAGGGUGGUGGAGCUACCAUGGAAGGCUUGCCAACGAUGAUGGGUGGGCCUAUGCAGAUGCCAGGAGGUAUGGCUGGUGGUGGUGGUACAAUGCCCAUGGCUGGUGGAAUGGAAGGAGGACCCAUGCAGAUGCCCAUGGGAGCAGCUGGAGGCCCAUCCGAAGGUGCUCUGAUGUCUAAACAAUUUAUCGAAGGAGGAGAAGGAGGUAAGUUUGGAAAUAUUUGCUUACCUAAUGAAGUUAAGUAACCAACCUGUGGUACAAAGAAACUUAGCUUCAAAGAACAAAUAGGUGUCGCAGAACCUUAUCUUUAAGAUUUAAAUGAUUCUGAAAAGAAUGCCUUAGCUCAUGGAUAUGCUAACCAAACAGUUCAGAGUGAGGUUUCAGGAAACACCAUUUUUUUCUGGAAAUGGACAACAAAAUAAUAUGUAUGGACUUAAUGCCUACUUACUUUAUCGAUUCCAUCGACUAGUAAUUUCUUUUCUCUCCUCUUAAAUCCUGUGAAACUACCCCCAGGUAACGUUUAUAAUAGGGCUGCUCUUAUUCGUCUUCUCAAUCAUAUUUUUCAGGCAUGGGAGGCGGUAUGCACUCCAUGCCGAACAUGGCAGAAAUGGGAGGAAUGGGUGGAAUGGGAGGAAUGGGAGGAAUGGGAGGAAUGGGAGGAAUGGGAGGAAUGGGAGGAAUGACUUCCAUGGGAGGAAUGGCCGGUAUGAACGGGAUGGGCGGCAUGGGCGGUGGAAUCGCUGGAAUGAGCAUGGAAGGAGGUAUGUGAUUUAUUUACAGUAUCGCCUCAAAGUCUUUCCUUCAUAAUUAACCUCUCAAUUUUAUUUUCCUAAUGAAAACGAGGUUACAGCACAAUGUUUCCAGCGUUUCAUCCAUUUCAUGGCUGACAAUUUCAUCAAGAAGCCCCUGAAAUGUUAUACGGUGGGCUUUGACUCGUUUUCUUUUCUUGUCCUAGGAAUGCCCUCGAUGGAAAAUGCUGGUGGAGCAGGAGCCAUGUUUGCUGGGCCUCAAGAAAUGGGGGGCCAGAUGGGAGGCCAGAUAGGAGGGCCAAUGGGAGGAGCCCUUCAAGGGGCCCUUGGAGGUGGCAUGCCCGGAGCUGCACAGAAACGUGAAAAGAUGGGAAAAGUACACAAGUUGAGUAAAGCCAGCAACAGAAAGGGUACCAAAAAACAUCACAUUAAGCACUAAAUACCAACAACCCGCCCUGUAUGAUCGCUGAACAAGGAACUGUAUGAUUUUUUUUAAACGGGUAUCUCCACGAACAUACCCUAAAUUACUCGAGAUCUUGGAACACUGUUGGUCCUUACAAGAUACGUGCUUCCUAGCGGUGUAGUUAAAGUCAUUUUGGAGGAUUACCACGUGAAGAUCUUCAAGUAUUUUUAAAUUUGUUAGUCUUACGAUGGAGGUUUGAGACAGUUUUCUUGGAUAAUCGCCGCCAGCAAAUGUUUCAGAGUCCAAUACGAAUCAUGCUCGGAGGCAUAUCAUGCUAUGCUUAAGAGUGUGAGAUGAUAGAGAAAAAAAUUUUUGUUGCAAUUGUAUUGAAAGAAAUGUUUCAUUAAAAUCAUCCAUCAGUUGUUGUUAUAGAAGGC